AUGGCUAUUCAAGGCAGUUCACGCAACCAAAUCGACGUAGGUAAUGCUGCAAAGGAAAUCAGAGAACAAGAGUCCAAGGGCGAAUCUGAAGAGACCUACAAAGACACAUCCAGAAUAUUUUUUCCGAUAACCGCGAGCCUGAGGCUCCAAGAACGCAGAGGCGGCACAGCAUUCGAGAAAAUUGCCAUAUUCUUCACUUGGCUCGUCGUUGUGCUCACCUUUCCGCUAAGCCUAUACUUUUGUUUUAUUACCAUACCCGAGUAUCAGCGAGCUGUCAUCUUUCGGCUAGGACGGGUACGAAGAGGCGCAGCAGGGCCGGGUCUUGUCUGGUAUUUGCCUUGCAUCGAUUCCUAUGAAAUCGUGGACCUGCGUUCCCGAGUCGUCGUCAUUCCCACUCAGGAUAUUAUCACCAAAGACGCGCUCACGCUGACUGUCGAUGCAGUGCUCUUCUACUAUGUCAUUGGCUCAUUGAAGUCCACAAUGAAGGUCGAUGACGUGCACGAAGCUACCGUCCUCCUGGCACAGACAAUGGUACGUAGCGUCUUGGGUACCAAGAAACUUCACGAAAUUCUGACCUCCAGAGAAUCGUUGUCGCAAGAGAUUCGCAUUAGCUGCGAACGAUCUACUGCCAGCUGGGGUGUGAAAAUCGAACGAGUUGCACUUAAGGACAUCAGUCUGCCGGAAAUGUUUCAUCGAGCGAUGGCCAGCGAGGCUGAGGCAAUUAGGGAAGCUCGUGCCAAGAUCAUAUCUGCCGAAGGAGAGCACAGCGCAUCCAAGGCGCUGAAGGAGGCAUCCGAUGUGAUGUCUAAGAAUAAAAUAGCUCUGCAGUUGCGGCACUUGCAGAUCCUAACAUCAAUUUCCCAUGAGCGCAAGCUGAAAAUUUACUACCCAUUUCCAAUAAAUAUGCUAACCGGUCUAACAGACUCCGAGGCUGACACUGCCGCUGCGCCUAAGAAUGAUAGGCCCCAGGAGGAGAAUCACCCACUGAAACAAUCUGUGAUAUCGAUGGUCACGAACAUCUUGGAGCCAUUUAUAAGAAACCCCACGGAGAUAUUGGAGGGUGAAUCGUUUCUAGGCACAGCUGAUGCAAGUCGGUCCAUAAAUGAGGACUAUCAAAGCCCUCCCGAUUCUCAAAGACAAAUAUCAAAUCCCGAUGAGCUGCCACUGUCUGCCAGUCCCCAACCAGAUGAAAACGACAAUACUAAAGGAACUCAAACGGACCCGAAGACUCACAAGUAAUAUGGAUUGUAUUCGUGAGCUACAUAUUAUGAGAAAUUCAUUUUAAUUUUGUGCUCGCCAAGCCAGACCCGAGAUCAAAUUAACUGCUUCUAUUUUAUUCCCCUGUAAAACCAACAAAUAUUUUAAGUUGUCUUAAA